GUCGGCGAUGGGUGUUUUGCGCGUGGAAGGGGAGUUCAAGAACCUGUGAAAUAUACACUGUACUGUGUAACGUGAACAGUAAAAUUGGGUUCCAGAGCCCUGGGUCCAGUUCACGACUCCCCGUGUCAGACGUUAGCAGGAUGUUUGAGCUUAAUGCUGGGUGAUUGACGUAACGCGCUGUCUUUGCAAUCUCAGACGCGUCUCUGUUUACUUCUUACCUGGAACCAUAACGUUGACGUCUUUAACUGCACCUGCAAAGAAAAGGCCUAGCACCCCGGUCGAUUCUAUUACCUCUUCGACGUAUUAAGAUCAUCACCCUAUAACAAGAACAGGCUCACAAAAACUAUGGCUUCCAACAAGUAUUGGCGCACCGCCCUCGGAGCCGUCCCAGGCGCCGCUAACAUCCAAAUCGGCGUGAAUCCCUCCUCUGCGGUCCCGGCCGGCACUGGGCAAGAGAACGCUCCCAUGGCGCUGCCUUCGGGCAAGCCCGCGGCGGGCAAGCCAGCGGCCAGCAGGAAGCGCAAAUCCACCGAAGACCACGUGCCCGUCGCGCCGGCGGUCAACCUGGACGAUAUCGACCUGGACGAUGCCGACAUCGACAAGAACUGCGACCAGGUCCGGCGCAAGAUUAACCGCCUGCUCGACUCGGGCGGCAUGACCAAGACGGCGUUUACGCGGGAGAUCGGCGUCCGCGCCAAGUCGCUGAACGGCUUCCUCGGCGCGCACGGCCAGAUGAACGGGGCCGGCUUUGGCGCCUACGGCGCCGCCUGGCAGUUCUUCAAGAAGCGCGAGAUGGCGGGCAUCAAGCUGCCCGUCAAGAAAACAGCCCAAGCUGCCGUUGCCGCGCCAGCAAAAGCUGCCCCAAGAAGCGUCGACCUCAGCGACAUCCACCUCGACGGCGAGGACCUCGACGCGGUGCCCGUCUUCGACACGUGCGACGAGGUGCGGCGGAAGAACAACGCGCACCUGAAGAAGCCCGGCGGCACGCAGCUCACCCGCUUCCGCAACUCCAAGGGCGCGCUGACGGGCGCCAAGUCGGCCGUCUUCUACGCCGCCUACGUCUUCUUCGAGAAGAUGCGCAUCAAGGAGGGCAAGCCGAAGAGCAAGCACCGGUUGGACAUGGAGAAGGAGUGGGAUCGUGGUGGCAUUGACAGGACGAUUGAUGGGAAUAGCACAUUCUUCUGCAGGGCUAGCGAACGUCCAGUGAUGGACAAGUACGGCAAGAUCAGCUUUUAUUGAUCUCAUCUUGUCAGUUUUCAACUGCGUUUGUAUGGUUUUCGCCGAUGUCUCUCUUGUUUGAUAUGGAUUGUAUGUACUUCUAAUCAUGAUCUUCUUUCAUUUCAGUCCUAUCUAUUUUUAUUCAUCUCUUG